AUGACACACGGCGCCGCCGCCGAACCGCAGCAGAGGCUAUCAAGGAGACUGGAACUGCAGCUCGGCGGCUGGAUUACAACAACAGCGGCCAUUGCCGAGCCGCCGACGCAUAAGCAAAUACGAGAUGUGGCGAUGCAGCUUCUGGCACAUGAGGGUGACCUUCGGCCACUGGGCAAGAAUUGGGUGGCUACAUUUCUGCGCCGAAACCCCCAUAUAAAGGUCGCCAAGGAAACUACGCGCGCGGACGAGAGCGUUGCAGCCGAUGAGCCGAGUCAAUGA